AUGUUAAAUGAACUCCUACAUCCGUACUCAUCGUCACAAAUUACAUUUGGCAUUCAUUCAUCCUUUUCAAAUUUACGACUUUUGAUAUAUCCAAAUUCACAAUCGCCUAUUCACACGACAUUAUCCAGCAUUCGAGAAGGAUAUAAUUCAAAACUCCAAGAUUCUGCCCGUUUAUGCCUCCGUAUUCUGUGCCAUAAGCAUACGGAAAAGCCCUUGGCAGCUUCAAAUCUGCUUGAAGAUCCAGGGCAUGCUCAUAAGUGGCUUGUUUCUAAAGCAAAGAUAAACGCGCGUAACCAGUAUUUCCUCGUGUUACAGUUACAAUCCUUCAGGGAUGAAUAUCCAAGUGGUUAA